UAUUAAUUUUGAUUCUUAUUGAUUCUGUAGCUUUGAUCUUUCCAUCACUCUCCUGUCCUUGCCAGACUCCCUUCAAGGAAUGGGGGGAAACCGGUCAUGGGUCACAGAGUUCGUGCUGCUGGGAUUCCAGCUCAGCGCACAGAGGGAACUGCUCCUCUUCUGGGUCUUCUCCCUGCUCUACACCUGCAGUCUGCUGGCAAACGGCAUGAUCUUUGCGCUCAUCUGUCUGGACCAGAGAUUACACACCCCCAUGUACUUCUUCCUCUCCCAUCUGGCCAUCAUUGACAUGUCCUUUGCUUCCAACAAUGUCCCCAAGAUGCUGGCAAACUUAGUGACUCAGAAUAGAGCCAUCUCCUUUGUCCCAUGCAUCAUGCAGACAUUUUUGUAUAUAGCUUUUGCUCUCACAGAGUGCCUGAUUUUGGUGGCGAUGUCCUAUGAUCGGUACGUGGCCAUCUGUCACCCCCUCCAGUACACGGUCAUCAUGAGCUGGAGUGUGUGCACGGUCCUCGCUGCCAUGUCCUGGUUGUGUGGAUUUGUCCUGGCUCUGAUACAUGUGGUUCUCCUUCUAAGACUGCCAUUCUGUGGGCCCCGGGAAGUAAACCACUUCUUCUGUGAGCUCUUGUCUGUCCUCGAGCUGGCCUGUGCUGACACCUGGCUCAAUGAAGCUGUCAUCUUUGCUGCUUCCAUCUUUAUCUUAGUCGGGCCCCUGUGCUUGGUGCUGGUGUCCUAUACCAGCAUCCUCUGGACCAUCCUGAAGAUCCAGUCUGGGGAGGGCCGCAGGAAGGCCUUCUCCACCUGCUCCUCCCACCUCUGUGUGGUCGGGUUCUUCUUUGGCAUAGCCAUGGUGAUUUAUAUGGUCCCAGAGUCCAAUCAAAAAAAGGAACAAGAAAAAAUACUGUCCCUGUUUUAUAAUCUCUUCAAUCCACUGUUAAACCCCCUCAUCUACAGCCUGAGGAACGCCCAGGUGAAGGAUGCCUUGGGUAGGGUGCUGCAGGUGAGGGCCAGGUGAAGGGUGGACAGAAAUUUGACUAAGCAGAACCUCUUCUCUUUGAGAUGUAGUUUGAGGAUGACUUAAAAGUCAGAAAAACUACCUAACAGCAAAGUUGGAUAAGAGAAUGGGAAUGGUCCGAGACUGAAUGUGGGGGAAAGUUUGAUGUGCAAGGACAGUCCCUGAGCAGUUCUGUUCAGAGAUGAGGCACCUGGAUUGUGGAUUAUAUGCUUGAUGCUACAAAAACUUAUAGAACCCAUUUCUUCAAGAACUAGAUUAGUAGUGUGUUAAGAAAACAUCUUUUUUGUUGUUGUUGAAUUGCAGAAACAGUGUUGACACUUCCCCUAAGUAACCAGUUUAAUCAUAAAUAUUCAUAUUACCUGGUAACAGGUGGUAAAUUUCGGAGAAAUAAACAUCCAGAGGAAAAACUUCUUGCUCUAGAGAGUAGCUUCAUACCUACAAUGAUCACAGAGCGACUUAUUUCUAUAAUGCCAACUGAGAAUCGAGUGAGGGAAGGGAUGAGAUUCGCUGUGGGGUAGCCAAUAAUUUCCAAGUGCUCUAACUAGGGUUGAAAAAUA